AAAACAUACAACAGCCGGUGUUCGCCAAUGGUCACCCACUUGACUACUAAUCUGCCGGUUAGUGGCUUGUCUCUGGGGGAGCGGACGGGACCCCGAAUUCUACACUACCUAUGGUCGUAUGUGCCUAUGAUACUCUCGCAGCAGUAUAUAUUACUUAGCUUCAACGUAAAAUCUUUAUGCUAUUAA